GGAAAACGCUUCCAACACCAGCUAGGCGUUGAAAAUCCACUUCCCUUCUUCGGCACCUGCAAUAGAUGAACAGAUUAAAACAGAAGGAACAGACGGCAGUUGAUGUAAGUGACAUGCAUAAUAGAUAAAAUAAAGCUGUUUAAUUUGGCCUCUAGCGCCAAUAAUUCUGAUUAAAACUUAAUAUUACUACAAAAUUGGACCUUUAAAAAAUAAAAGGAAACAGUCAUACCUCAAAUAGCAAAGAAUCAAGAUUUGAUACAGAAUCAACACAGUGUUAAUUAUAAAGCUAAAGCCACUAGCAUAUUUAGCCUCCACAAAUGUUAAAAACCAAGGUGCAGUAUAUUGUUCUUUGCAAAUCUUUGCUGUAUUAUUGUUCCUUAUGGUCCCAUGAAUACUAAACCUUUGCCUUAAAAAAAGAGUUUCUGUACUUGUUCCCAAUGCUUCAAGUUCCCCCCUUUCCUCUUUUUACUUGGCUCUUCUUCUUGUUUAUUCUGGUUAUUUACUGGAAGAGAUCUAAAGCCAAAGGCCAAAGCCAUAAGUUGCCACCAGGGCCAUGGAAACUGCCUCUUAUUGGGAAUUUGCACCAGCUAUUUUUCUCUCUACCACAUCGAUCUUUGAGAGACUUAGCCAAGAAAUAUGGACCUAUUAUGCAACUGCAGCUGGGUGAGGUCUUAGCUAUAAUCAUUUCAUCACCAAAAGUAGUCGAAGAAGUGCUGAAGACGCAUGAUACUGCUUUGGCAAAUCGGCCAAGUGUUCUUGCCAUUGAAGCUAUGUCCUAUGGUAAUUCAGGUAUUGUCUUUGCUCCCUAUGGUGAUUAUUGGAGACAAAUGCGAAAGAUUUGCGUCUCAAAGCUCCUGAGUGCCAAGCGCGUCCAGUCAUUUAGAAGAAUUAGAGAAGAAGAGGUGAAUAAUCUUGUUGAAUCCAUUUCCUUGUCAGAGGGAGUUCCAAUCAAUCUCAGUGAGAAGAUCUUCUCCUCAACAUAUUGCAUAGCUUCCAGGGCAGCCAUUGGGAAGAAGUGCAAAUAUGAAAAAGAAUUCAUAUCAUUAAUCCAGGAAACGUUUACUCUAAGUGGAGGUUUUGACUUACCUGAUUUGUUCCCUUCACUAAAGUUCCUUGGCUUCCUUACUGGUAUGAAGUCUGCGUUGGAGAAAAUACAACAAAACUUGGAUAAGAUUCUUGAUGAUAUAGUGAAUGAGCAUAAGAUGAAAAGAAUUGCCACGUCAACCAAUAAACAUGAACCAGGUCCAGGUGAUGAAGACGGUGACGAUGAUCUAGUUGAUGUGCUUCUCAAACUUCAGGAGAUGGGUGAGCUUGAAUUUAGUGUCACAAGCAAUCACAUCAAAGCUGUUACUCAGGACAUCUUCACUGGAGCGAGUGAGACUUCAGCAUCCACAAUAGAAUGGGCAAUGUCAGAAUUAUUGAGAAACCCUAGAGUGAUGGAGAAGGCACAAGCCGAAGUGCGACAAGUUCUACAAGGGAGAAGGAAUCUUGAUGAGACAUACAUUCAUAAACUAGAUUACUUGAAAUUAGUUGUGAAAGAAACACUACGACUACAUCCUCCUGGUGCCUUGGUUCCAAGAGAAUCAAGAGAAAAAUGUGAAAUAAAUGGGUACGAGAUACCAAGCAACACAAAAGUAAUCAUAAAUAUAUGGGCUAUAGGAAGAGAUCCUGAAUAUUGGAUUGAUGCUGAUUGUUUUUGGCCAGAGAGAUUCCAUGGUUCCUCUAUUGAUUUGAAAGGGACAAACUUUGAAUUCAUUCCAUUUGGAGGUGGUAGGAGAAUAUGUCCAGGCAUGUCAUUUGCUCUUGCAAUUGUUGAACUUGUUCUUUCUCAAUUACUAUUUCACUUCAAUUGGAAACUCCCCAAUGACAUCAAACUUGAAGAGCUUGACAUCUCUGAGUCUUUGGGAUUAACCUGUAGGAGAAGGAAUGAUUUGUAUGUAAUUGCCACUCCUUGGGCUUCUCUUCUUAAUUGAGAGACAGUGAAUAACAAAGGACAGUGAAUAAGUAAUACCUCUUAUUACAAAUGAUUGGAUGUAUUUAUAAGGUACCAAUUCUCUUGUGCGAAUAAAACUAAGUUUGGAUA